CUCAUCCCCCUCGUGCUAUCCGCCGCUCACCCGCAAUGCAGUUCACCGCAUCCCUCCUCGCCUUCGCAGCCCUGGCCCUCGCCAGCGUCGGCACCGUGGCUGCGGACGAGCAGCUCCCUGCUAAGGCCGCGCCGCAUCCCGAGCACGCAACGACCAUCUGGAAGCCCACGGCUACCAACGUCGUUACGCGCACCUUCACGGGGUCGCGGGUCGAGCAACACUGGACCACCGUCUCGCCGUACAUGUACACGACGACCGUCCCGAUCACCUGGACGCAGACACAAACGCAGACGCAGUACACGCCGAUAAUCACGGACGUGCCCGCAGCCCGUCGUCAUGCCCGCGACUUCGGGAGUUCUUAAGUUGUCGUCUUAAUGAUUUGUGAUGUUGACCCUUACUGUAUGGGAUCGGAGGAUAGGUUUCGGCUUUCAAAUGUAUCAUUGUACGCUGUUAACGACGGUAGCGAUCCGAGACG